CAAGAGCUACCGAAGUUGAAAUUGGCAGAGAAAGGGAUUGAUGCUGAUGGUGCAUAUCAAAUUAUCCAUGAUAUCUUAGAUGCUGAUGCAAAGGAUAAUGCUAGCUUAGCCUCCACGGCCUUUGGGGGCAACUGGGCUCCAGCAACAACAAAGCUAUGCAUAGAAAACAUUGGCAAAAAUUUAGUCGACCAGGUUCUGCAUGGACGUUGUUUAAAUAUAGUUGCAGACUUGUGGCAUGCACCACAGUCUGUAAAUGCUAUAGGUACUGCAACUGCUGGUUCCUCUGAAGGUGUUUUGUUGGGUGGCUUAUGUAUGAAGAAAAAGUGGCAAGAAAGACGUAGAGCUGCUGGAAAGUCAUUACACGAACCUGGUCCGAAUAUCGUCAUGGGUGCGAAUGCUCAUAUUUCAUUGAAGAAAUUCGCUACUUAUUUCGAUGUCGAAAUGAGAUUGGUGCCUGUUUCGGACGAAACUAACUAUUGCCUUGACCCAAGACGUGCAAUGAAAUAUAUAGACGAAAAUACUAUUGGAAUCUUUAUGGUCCUUGGUAGCACGUACACGGGACAUUACGAGCCGAUCAAGGAGAUGUCUGACCUUCUUGACACUUAUGAGAGUCAGACUGGAAUCUCAAUCCCAAUACAUGUCGAUGCAGCUGCCGGAGGGUUUGUUUCUCCUUUUGCGCAUCCCGAAUUAUGUUGGGAUUUCCGUAUCGCGAGAGUGGUUUCGAUCAACGCCUCUGGUCACAAGUUUGGUUUGACGUACGUUGGCUGUGGUUGGGUUAUCUGGCGCGAUAGCGCUCAAUUCCCGAAAGAUAUGGCUUUUGAAAUAAGAUAUUUUGGAUCUUUACAACACACUUUAUCAUUAAACUUUUCACGUCCUGCACACCCUAUCAUCAAUCAAUAUUAUAACUUUCUUCAAAUGGGAUUUGAAGGUUAUAAAUCAAUGGCUUUGGCAGACCUAUCUAACGCAAGGUUAUUAUCUCGAGCCUUGGAGAAAAGUGGUUACUUCAAAGUCGUCUCAGAUGUACAUCGCAAAAAGACUGAUGUUGGGAAGCCCAGAGGACAAACAUUUGGUUGUACUGAUGCGAAUUUCGAGGAAUACGUAGAGGCCCUGCCUUUAGUCGCGUUCGCAUGGAGUGAUGAAUUUAAGGCCAAGUACCCUCACCUGAAGCAGAAGUGGAUUCAAACUUUAUUACGCGCCAAAGGCUGGCACUCUCCAAAUUAUGCACUCCCUCCGGAUUCUGAGAACGAGGAAAUCUUGCGUAUGGUGAUUCGAGAAUCUAUACCAGAGGAGAUCAUUGGUAAGUGA